UGUGUUCAACAACAAUGGAUCUGUCAAAGUUUGAUCUUUGAUUGAUAGUUGAUACCAAUAAGUAGAUAUGUGUUUAUUUUUUUUAACGAAAACAAAUAAAUACUUGAAAGAUUGUUGUGGUAAUAGUUGAAAAGAAUAAAGUAGAAGCAGUCGUGCUAAAAAGUCGUGCUUCGUCGAGGCUUCUUUUGAGAAAUCAAUCUAUUCAAGUGAAAAGUUAAAAGCAUCAAAGAUGAGUGAAGUUACUGAAACAACGGAAAGUACAGAAAUACCAGAAACUACUGAGGAAAUUUUAGAGAAGAGGAUUGCUGAAUUGGAGAAAAAAAUAUUUGGUUUGGAGGGAAAGCCAAGCGAUGAAAGUUUGAUGCCAGAAUCCACCAUCAUUGAAAGUAUGGAGCAAGCACAAACUAUGAUUUCAUCAGCACUUUCUGGCAGAGAAAAAUUAAGCGCACUAAUGGAAAGGCUACCUGAGUUGGAAGAGUAUGAAAAUGCAGUUUUGGAGCCUACGGAUCCACAGAUUGAUGUUAAACUUGAGUAUAUUUUAGCCAUGGAAUCAGAAAUCAGACAGUAUGUCGAGAACUUGAAGACAAUAAAAGAAUUGAUGCCAGUGUUGGAUAGCAAUCGGUUCGAUAAUUUGCCCGAAAUGGCAGAAAAGUUGACUAAUUUAUCUUUGCAACAUAUAGAAUUGGGGGACCAAGUAAACACAGUAGAUUCAGCUACAAAAGAACUGAUGACUAGGUAUAAUAAUAUCAUUACAAAUAUAUCUCAAACUUUGAUUGCCUUGGACACAGAAAUAACCAAGUUGGAAAAGGAGAAGGAGCCAAAAAAAGUGAUUGAUUGA